AUGUCUGCACUUCGAAAGAAAUUUGGGGACGAUUAUCAGGUAGUGACCACCUCAUCCAGCGGGUCUGGAUUCAACCAGCCUCCCCCAGAGAAAAAGAAGAAGAGGCAGCGGUUCGUGGAUAAGAACGGGCGAUGUAACGUCCAGCAUGGGAACCUGGGUGGUGAAACCAGCAGAUACCUCUCAGACUUAUUCACAACACUCGUAGAUUUGAAAUGGCGCUGGAAUCUAUUUAUUUUCAUCCUCACCUACACAGUCGCUUGGCUCUUCAUGGCCUCUAUGUGGUGGUUCAUCGCAUACAUCAGAGGAGACCUCAACAAAGCCCACAAUGACAAGUACACUCCAUGUGUGGCCAAUGUCUAUAACUUUCCCUCAGCCUUUCUCUUCUUCAUAGAGACCGAGGCCACUAUAGGAUAUGGUUACAGAUACAUCACAGACAAAUGCCCCGAGGGGAUCAUUCUCUUUCUUUUCCAGUCGAUCCUCGGAUCGAUCGUCGAUGCCUUCUUGAUCGGCUGCAUGUUUAUCAAGAUGUCUCAGCCCAAGAAAAGGGCCGAGACUCUGAUGUUCAGUGAACAUGCGGCGAUUUCUAUGCGCGAUGGGAAACUAACUCUCAUGUUCAGGGUCGGCAACCUGCGUAACAGCCAUAUGGUCUCUGCACAGAUCCGCUGCAAAUUGCUGAAAUCUCGCCAGACGCCCGAAGGCGAGUUUCUUCCGCUGGAUCAGUUGGAGUUGGACGUGGGUUUCAGCACCGGGGCAGACCAGCUCUUUCUCGUCUCACCACUCACGAUCUGCCAUGUGAUUGACACCAAAAGCCCCUUCUACGACCUCUCCCAGAGGUCCAUGCAAACAGAGCAGUUUGAAAUUGUGGUGAUACUAGAAGGAAUAGUAGAGACUACAGGGAUGACCUGCCAAGCGAGGACGUCAUACACCGAGGACGAGGUUCUGUGGGGACACCGCUUCUUCCCGGUUAUAUCCUUGGAGGAAGGCUUCUUUAAGGUGGACUACUCUCAGUUCCACGCCACAUUCGAGGUGCCCACCCCUCCAUACAGCGUGAAGGAGCAAGAGGAGGCCCUGCUCCUCUCCUCGCCCCUCAUGGCUCCAUCCCUGUGCAACAGCGGGGAGAAGAACAGCUCGUUGGACUGCCUGGAGACCCUGGAGGACAAUGACAGCACCACCAAGCUGCCCACCAAGCUCCAGAAGAUCACAGGGCGGGACGGCCUGCCCAAGAAGCUACUGAGGAUGAGCUCCACCACUUCAGAGAUGACUUACAGCUUUGGAGACCUGCCCAUGAAGCUGCAGCGAAUCAGCUCUGUUCCCGGUGUCUCUGAUGAUAAGCAGGCUGGUAAGGCCUCCAAGAUCAACACAGAGCCCAUGAGUAAGUCAGUGGCAGACUUACCUCCCAAGCUGCAGCGGCUGGCUGGGGGAGGAGGGGGCAGGAUGGACGGACAUCUGCCGCCCAAACUCAGAAAGAUGAAUUCAGAUCGCUUUACAUAA